AUGGCCUCUGGAUACGGUCUUCACGGAGGCCCCUCGCGGUGCUUCCCCUUCUGGCAGGAGCUCCUCGGCUGCUACGUCGUCAACACCACUGGAGAAGACCACUCCGGUAAAAAGAAGUGCGGCCUAGCGCUGGAAGACUACUACGAGUGCCUGCACCACAAGAAGGAGGCUGCGAGAACGAGGGCACUUCAGGCGGCCUACCGAAAGGCUGAAUCAGCUAGCGCACGAGACAAUGCCCCAAGCGCUGGGCAAAUACGUAACUUGGGCCUCCUUGGCAAAGAAGACGAUACAAAGGUUGUGACUGGGAGUUGA